GACAUACUUCAUGCUGCUUGAUACUUGAUUGUGCUCUACUGCUUGUAACGCCGCGAGCAAGAGUGUCGUGUCAAGAGUGAAUUUUUUCGUAAAAAUUGUUUAAAUAUUCGUAAUUCCAGCUAUGGCGGAUGUUUUGGAUAUUGAUAAUGCCGAGGAGUUCGAAGUCGACGACGAAGGCGAUCAGGGUAUCGCUCGUCUUAAGGAAAAAGCAAAGAGGAGGAAAGGUAGAGGCCACGGUGCGGAGUUAGUGUCAACUAGAGACGAUAUUGGUCAUUACGAGUCCAUGAAUGUGGUUGAGGAAGAUGAUAAUGAACCUGGUCCUCAAAGAUCUGUCGAAGGAUGGAUCUUAUUCAUAAAUUCAGUGCACGAAGAGGCACAGGAGGAUGAUAUUCAGGACAAAUUCUCUGAAUUUGGUCAGAUUAAGAACUUGCACUUGAAUUUGGACAGAAGGACAGGUUUUCUGAAAGGCUAUGCGUUGGUGGAAUAUGAAACUUUUAAGGAAGCACAAGCUGCGAAGGAAGCUCUUAAUGGUACAGAGAUUUUGGGUCAGGCAAUCUCUGUCGACUGGUGCUUCGUGAAAGGACCAAAGAAAAUCAGAAAAAGAAGUCACAGAAGGCGAUGAAAAGCAAAGGUUUAUGUUAUUAACGACUAUAAUUAUUAUUUCUAUUACGUAAUCAUUUCAAGCAAAAUGAGUUAUUCUGUAUAAGUGUUCUGACGCUGUAAAUGCUGAAAAUAAUACAAUAAUCACUUUUUGUAACGAGAGGUUUCUCUUGUAUUAAGUAUCUAUCCAUGAAAAUAAAGAAACUUUGAUUAUAUUGAUAUUAAUCAACGAAUAAAAGACGAUACUAUCCAA